AUGCCGGCGGCUGACGAUUCAAAGCGCAAGGCAGCGCGAGAGACCAUUGACAUCUUGCACGAGAUUUCCACGUUACUGAAUACCCACCUCGACCGACAGUCGCUGAGCUACUGCGUGUCGUUGAUAGAGAACGGGGUGAAUCCAGAGGCGUUAGCCAAAGUUAUCAAGGAGCUUCGAGCCCAGAAUGAGCGCUACGAGACCGAGCACGAGAAUCCUGGUGCAGUACAACAUUGA